AUGGUUUUAAAACUUGAUUCGGAUGAUGUUGGAUGGGAGUUUGGAGAGUUAGUGAGUCUUGGAAAUAAAGAUAAGGUUAGGUGUAGAUUGUGCGGCAAAAUAGUCAGUGGCAUUACUAGGUUGAAGAAACAUGUUGCCAACAUUAGCGGUGUUGCAGCCCCAUGUACAAUGUCUUCAAAGGAGGAUAGAGAGAAGUGUAAGAAAGGUAUCAAGAAGAAAUCAAUUAAGAAACCAAAGAAGAAACCAUCAUAUGACGUUGAGAACAGGAUCAAGAAAUUGGAGGAUGAUGUAAAGAAAUUAGAGAGAAUUGUGGAGCAACAAAGGCAAGUAGUAGAAGAAGAUCAGCCACCGGAGCAAGUAGAAGAAGAAGAAGAAGAAGAUCAGCCACCGGAGCAAGUAGUAGAAGAAGAUCAGCCACCGGAGCAAGUAGAAGAAGAUCAGCCACCGGAGCAAGUUGCAGCAAUCUUGGGCUCACCGCAACAAAGCCCAAUCGUAUGGCCCCUGGACGGGAAGCUGAGCGUGGAGUGGGUCCAGAACCUCAUGGCCAUGUUUGAUUGGUCAUCAAGAAAUCUAACUCCAGCCGAAUUCUCAAAGGUACUUCCAGUCCAGGUCUUCGAUAGCUUGGUUGUUACCGCCUCCAAGAUCCUCCACAAAGAACCCAACUGUGUCAAGAUCGAUAACCGCUGCCCGGACUCCACCAUUGUGUUUGUCGGAGACGUCCAUGGCCAGCUGCAUGAUGUUCUUUUUCUCUUAAAAGAUUCUGGGUACCCGUUGGAGAACAGAAUCUUCGUCUUCAAUGGAGACUAUGUUGACAGAGGAGCUUGGGGUCUGGAGACUCUCUUGAUUUUGUUGGCCUGGAAAGUUUUGAUGCCGAAGAGUGUUUAUCUUUUGAGAGGUAACCAAGAAUCCAAAUACUGUACUUCUGUUUUUGGAUUCGAGAAGGAAGUGUUGGUUAAGUAUAAAGAUAAUGGAAAACAAGUGUAUAGAAAAUGCUUAGAUUGCUUGAAGGAGCUUCCACUUGCAUCCAUUAUAAAUGAGCAAGUGUAUACUGCUCAUGGAGGGCUGUUCCGGAAACCUCGGAAACCUGCUAAGAGAGCAAAGGGGAAGAAGAAACAGAAGAUUGUUUCGAAUUCGGAGACGAGUUCUUUGGUUCUGGGGUCUUUGGAUGAGUUGUCUAAGGCUGGAAGAUCGGUUCUUGAUCCUCCCUUGGAAGGUUCGAACUUGAUUCCGGGUGAUGUGCUGUGGUCGGAUCCUUCAAUGAAACCUGGCCUUUCUCUGAAUGAGGAUAGAGGUAUUGGUAUGUUCUGGGGUCCUGAUUGCACUGAGGACUUCCUUAAGAAGUUUCAGCUCAAGUUGAUUAUCAGAUCGCAUGAAGGCCCUGAUGCAUGUGAUAAGAGGCCAGGUCUUGAAGGCAUGGAUCAAGGUUACACCAUUGAUCAUGUUGUGGAGUCAGGGAAGCUUAUUACCUUAUUUAGUGCUCCUGAUUACCCACAAUUUCAGGUUACCCAGAAGAGGUAUAAAAAAAACAAAGGGGCUUACAUUGUUCUGGAACCCCCUAAUUUUGAUGAUCCUGUAUUUCAUAGUUUUGAAGCAGUAAGUCCAAGACCACAGGUAGAAGCAUAUUAUGAUUAUAUAGAAGCAAUUGAUUCCGAUGAGGAGUUGGACAUGGAUAAAAUGACAAGCAGCUCGUGAAGGCCAAGUGUCUUAUGGCUUGCGGUACUAUAGUUGAGACCCCAGUUGAAAUCCGGAAAGCUUCAAAGUUAAAUGGCUCACCCCAUCAUGAUAGAGAUUCAAAGCAUGGCUUCCCAACACAUCCAUUAAAAAGCUUCAGCAGGAGAAUCAACCUGAGCAGCCUCCUACACCUGUUAAACUUUUUGAACAUUGGGGAACGGGGUCAGAGCAUCAGAGGCUGGCCUUGCUCCGAAUAAAGUUUGAGGCUUGGGUCUGAUUUGGGGUCCUGAUUGCACUGAGGACUUUCUUAACAAGUUUCAGCUCAAGCUGCAGUCUCUGGAAGGGAAGCAUUGUUUGUCAUCCAACCGUUCUUCUAGUUCUAGUACUACUGCCGCCUGCGAAAGCAGUGAACUUGCAAAAUAUCGAAAGUCUAACCCGUGUUGACUAGGAAAAUGUUUUCCUGACUCAUGAGGGAAAGGUGGCCGGCAGCUAGGAAUUCCUGCUUGAGCUAGGAGAAGUACAAUCCGAGAUAUGUAUGGAGAUGCCGUGAAGAUUUUUCAAGUCACCAAGGAGAGAGAAACCGUGCGGCCCAAGAGAGAAGAUUUUUCCAAGUUCAAGAUGGUUUUGUCAUUCCUUAAUGCAUGAGGAUUACUUGAAGAACAAGAGAAGAAAUUAAAUCCAACUUGGACUUGGUUUUGCCGAUUCGAUAGGAUUCCUUGUGCUUGAGGAAUUCUUGGAGAUCAAGACUUGUUACUCUAUAAAUAGGGUACGGCAUGACAGCAAUUAU